GUCGCCUCCCCGCGGGUGGCGGUCCCGCCCGAGCAAAGAUGGCGGCGGCUGCGACCGGGGACGGCGAGGGCGGCGCGCGGCUCCCGCCCGGGGUGGGGGACGUGGUGCGGGACGCGCUGCUCCGGGUACUGGAGAACAGACCCGAGGACCCGCUCUCCUUCCUCAGCGAGUACUUCGGGAACCUGACGGCGGCGGCGGAGGAGCGCGAGGACCCCCUGAGCCGCGGCACCGGGGAGCAGCAGGAACAGAUCACCAGAGCCUUGAAACAGCUGCAGCUCUGUCACUACAACAGGCCUGCCUUCAACAACAACCUAGCCGUAGCCUAUCAGAUCCUGAGCUGCCCCGUACAGAAGAGGAAGAAGUCUGGGCUGACAGGAGAAGCCUAUACGCAGCUCUUGAAGCAGAUCUGUGAAGACAAGACCACUCCAUCCUCGUCUCUGAUCCAGAAACUCCAGUGUCGGGCCUACGAAGCCGUGCCUUUCAACGUCUUCCGACACGGGACGCUGACCUGCUUCAUCUUCCUGCACUUCUUGAAGAUAUCCGAGGGUCUCUUUGAGGUGGUGGCGGAAUCGGGCAAGGUGAACAGGACGGUGUGCGAAGCUGUCAUUGCAGCGUUGAAAGAGGCCGUGGGCAUCAGUGAUUACACCAAGCCCAUGAGUUACUUGGAAGCCGGCUCCAAGCUUGGGCCUGAUAGACUGGGUAAGGCCAUGGAACAAGCCGUGAGGCUUAGGAAAUCCGAAGUGGCCUCCUUGGUCACAAAGGAAGAGUUUAUUCACAGGGUGGCCUCCCUGUUCACCGAGAAAGUAAAAAAAAUAUUUUGACUGAUCGUUUCGCUGUCCAGCGGGUUCUGCGAUUCUAAAUUCUCCCGCUUCAAAGCAUGUCUCCCGCUUCAAGGCCAGUUGGUUGUACUCACUGUCUGCACUCAAAGGGGGGAAGGUAGGUUGUGAUAACUUAUUGAGGUCAAAUUCCAAAUUAAAAGUGUGCACCCCAAUUCCAAUUUAUACCCCACAUCCUUGUGUGUAAAUUGUCCGCCAAGUGCACAGUCCGCGCGCAGCCUCAAUAGGAACAGACAUUACACUUGACAGCAAUUGCAAAUGAAACAUUUUGAGGUGUUA